AUGGAAUCCGGGAAAAUCAAGAAGGGUGCCGGAGGGAGGAAGGGCGGAGGCCCAAAGAAGAAGCCCGUGACUCGGUCCGUUAGAGCCGGGCUGCAGUUCCCGGUUGGAAGAAUUGGCCGGUACUUGAAGAAUGGCCGGUAUGCUCAGCGGGUCGGUACCGGAGCUCCGGUUUACUUGGCUGCCGUCCUUGAGUAUCUCGCUGCUGAGGUGUUGGAGUUGGCUGGCAAUGCAGCAAGGGACAACAAGAAGAACAGGAUAAUCCCAAGGCAUGUAUUGUUAGCCGUGAGGAAUGAUGAAGAGCUUGGGAAGUUGUUGCAAGGAGUCACCAUUGCUCACGGUGGAGUGCUUCCGAACAUUAAUCCGGUGCUGUUGCCGAAGAAAACUGGUGGAGAAAAGGCAAUAAAGGAACCAAAAUCUCCUUCUAAGGCUACCAAAUCUCCUAAGAAAGCUGCCGCUUAG